AUGGUCAUGGCGAGGAAUACCCUCUCCCAGCUGCCACACGCGCCGGCCACUGCGAUUGACAAUUUCGACCGGGAUCUUCAGAUAUCUCCGCGGAAGCGGAGACGGCUCUCGGCUUCUCUAGAGCCAGAGCUCACGGAGUCAGAAGCAUACGGAACGCCAGGCGGGCAGGGGAAUGCGCCGGAGACACCAGAUACGGCUGACUCGGAACCCAAGUCUCUCUUCAAUUCGGCUGAAAGCAACAGCAUUGCGCCGUUCCUGGCCAAACACAUUCGGGACCAGCAUGCUUCAAGAAACAGAUUCGCCCCGGCAGGCUCGUCCUUGCCCAGACAGAAGGCAGACUCGAAAUACUGCUACCGUCAUCGACCUGACCUGAAGUGUCGGCGCCAGGCUGACGAGCCCACCGUCGACCAGAUGCAACGGGAUCUUUCUACUCUCUCCCAAAGUGAUCAGCAGAGUAUCGCGCAUUUCUGGUCCUUGUUUUCUGCCGCGCCUUCGAAGCACCGCAAUCUCAUGCUGCAGGGAAUCGUGGCCCAGUGUUGCUUCCCGCAGCUUUCCUUCUUAUCCGCAAGUGUCCGAGACCUGAUUCGGAUCGACUUUGUAACUGCGCUACCGCCAGAGAUCUCUUUCAAGAUCAUGUCUUACCUGGACACUGCUUCGUUAUGCAAUGCAGCACAGGUCUCGCACAACUGGCGUCAUCUCGCAGACGAUGACGUUGUUUGGCACCGCAUGUGCGAACAGCAUAUUGAUCGCAAAUGUGAGAAGUGCGGAUGGGGCCUCCCCAUUCUAGACCGGAAGAGGCUGAAAGAUACUAAACGCCAGGUGCAGCUGCGGGCUGCGGGCAAGGAGGUUGUGGAGAAGAAGACCGGACAGCAACAGCGGCCUUGGAAAGCAGUCUAUAUGGACCGAUUCAAGGUUGGGACGAACUGGAAAUACGGUCGAUGCGUGACGACGAUAUUCAGAGGCCAUACCAACGGAGUUAUGUGUCUACAGUUUGAUGAUAAUAUCCUUGCUACGGGGUCAUACGAUUGCACGAUAAAGAUCUGGGAUGUUGACACCGGAAAGGAGAUACGUACGCUUCGUGGACACGAGUCGACCAUUCGCUGUUUGCAGUUCGACGACACCAAGUUGAUCAGUGGAAGUCUAGACCGAACUAUCAAGGUUUGGAACUGGCGCUCUGGCGAGUGUAUUUCGACUUACACCGGCCACCAGGGCGGAGUGCUUUGUCUUCAUUUCGACUCCACAACUCUCGCAUCUGGGUCAAAGGACAACACGAUUAAAAUAUGGAACUUCCAGGAUAAAUCGACCCAGAUUCUACGCGGCCAUACCGACUGGGUGAACUCGGUCAAGCUCGAUACCGCGUCUCGUACUGUUUUCUCUGCAUCUGAUGACCUCACCGUUCGCAUUUGGGACCUGGACACCGGCAAAUGCAUCCACACCUAUGCAGGCCAUGUAGGUCAAGUCCAACAGGUGCUACCCCUUCCACGAGAGUUUGAACUCAAACACACGGUCGACUGUGAUGACGAUACGAGCGAUCGUCUCUCCGGAUCUGAGUCCCCUGAUGUUCGCGCCCAGCAAAAUAACCAGCCCGAUCAGCCCAACACUUCGGCGCCCCCAACGCAGCCAAUGUCUCCCCUAUUAGAGGCUCUGUUCACCGAAGACAGACCGGCUCCACCGCGCUACAUGCUUACUGCAGCGCUGGAUAACACCCUUCGCCUAUGGGAGGUACCUACCGGUCGCUGCCUGCGCACCUUCUUCGGCCAUAUCGAGGGCGUCUGGGGUCUCGCGGCCGAUACCCUCCGUCUCGUCUCUGGUGCGCAAGACCAUAUGACAAAGGUCUGGGAUCCACGGACGGGAACCUGCGAUAGGACGUUCACCGGCCAUAGAGGACCGGUUACCUGUGUCUCCCUGAGCGAUAGCCGCAUGGCAACCGGAAGCGAAGACUCCGAAGUUCGCAUGUACAGUUUCAGAGCUUGA